AUGCGCCUAUUGCUGCCCGUCCUCCUCCUCGUCGUCGUCCUCCUCGUGGAUGAUGCAGGCCCUGCCCCCAAAACAGUCUCACCAUCCAUGUCAGUGCUCAUCUGCUCCUCAACUCUAAUUACACCUGCAUUUCCUGCCGUCAUCCUGUGCUUGAAUGGAGGGAAGCCAAUUUUCUCUGAAUCCCUUGCAGCACUGGCCAUGCAUCUCCUGCUAAAGCGUCGCAGAGACCGUAGCAGCAGGGACAUUGCGUCUUCAGCCGGCGUGCUCCAAAUCACAGAGAACAAAUCAGCUGCGGCCAACUUAACAAAACACAAGGUGAUGAGUGCAGAAAGGAAGCUCCUUGAUGACGCUCUUGACAGAACUAGUGUACAGUAUGACAGCUGGAUAAAUGAAGAGACAUCAUUCUGGAUGGACAGGGAUAACACGAACAGCAAUUUGCAGUACGGUUUGUUAAUGCAGAACCUUCAGGAGUUGGAGACGAGUUUGGAUGGUAAAGACUUGAAGACGCUGGAGAAUGACAUCCUUGCACAUAUUGAGCAGCUUGGAGCUCUGAGAUCGUUUAACGCGUCUAUGAACAGUGCCACCCUGCUAGACAACCUAACACAUGACCAACCAGACAGCUCUCUGCUUGACCACCAAAUCAUCAAGUUUGAUCCAGAGACUCCACUGGAUGAGGAGCAAGAAGGUAGCGAAGUAGUCGUCGUCCGGAGUGGCAAGAGUCAAGAGAGGAAGCUGAGAAGAAUCAGAGCGUCAGAGAAAGGAACCAGGAUCUCAGUGAAAGUGAAUCCGCGAAGACCCAAGAAAUCAUCCCGGAAGGCGAGUAGCAGCCAGUUUAUAUCCGAGUGGAAAAGUCACCCAGGACGAAGAAGGAUCAUUGUGCGUGAGCAAUCAGCACUGCUAGCGACCAUCAAGGAAUGUGCAAGCCUUGAGAAGAUAAGGGAGAAGAUGGUGAAGGAAGGGCAUGAGGUGAGCUACCACAGGUGGGCAGAGGCUGCUGGUGUGGACGAGGCAGAGCUGAUGAGCAGACUGCAGGCAGGCUACUGCUGCCGGGAGAGGCUGCUGGUGACCACCGAGUGGCUGGUCAGGUGCAUCGCAAGAUCAUACACCGGCAUGGGGACGGCUUUGGACGAUCUGCUUCAGGCUGGGAAGAUGGGCGUUCUUGACGGCGCGGAGAAGUUCGACACCCGAAAGGGGUGCAGGUUCUCCACGUACGUCAAGUACUGGAUCAGGAAAGGGAUGCUCGCUCUCCUCGCUGAAAAUUCAGGAGUCGCCCUGCUGCCUGCAAGAAUGGAGAGCAUCAUGCGCAAGGUGAAGGAGGCGCGGCGCGGGAUCCGGUACAGCCAGGGCAGGAACCCGUCGGACUCCGAGAUCGCCGCGGCCGUCGGCGUGUCGGUGGCCAACGUGAGGCUGGCGCGCAAGUGCUCCCGCAGGCCCGUCUCGCUCUACUCGGAGAUCGGGAUCGGGCAGCACGCCAAGUUCGCGGAGGUGAUCCCGGACGAGGCGGCGGCGUCCGCGGAGGCGCCCGACGAGGCGGCCCUGUUCCGGGGCCAGCUGAGGGAGCGGCUGCUGCUGGUGCUGGGCAGGCUGCCCGCGCGGGAGGGACACGUGCUGAGGCUGCGCCACGGGCUGGAGGACGGCCGGUGCAGGUCGCUGGAGGAGAUCGGCGGCAUGUACCGCGUGUCCAAGGAGUGGAUCAGGAAGAUCGAGAAGUCCGCCAUGGCCAGGCUCAGGGACGACGACGACGUGCGUCGCGACCUCCACGACUUCGUCUGCCGCUUCUGA